GAGGAAGGGAAAACACGGCUAGUGAUCUCGUAUAUUGCUCGGAUUUCUGACGUGUAGACACGGAGGAGCUGACAUAUUGUCUUCAGACGAACCUGUGUAUUUUUGAUCUUGGGUGAAACUGACUGGUGUGACCUCAAAGAAUCCAGAGUUUAUCUGUCCUGCUGGGCUGACCAGCAGUCACAGCAUCUGACUGACCGAACAAAACAAAUCUUGUCAAUAUAAUUCAUGGCACAGCUACAGAGUCUAGGAAGUGAAAAUAGAUAAAAACAGACCCAGGAUGGCAGAGGAGGACCACCCAGAUGGAAUAGCUCUGUCCCGACACUCAGAGGGACAGUAUGGGGUCCCUCUCAUGGAGCUCCGGGAACUUAUGGAGCACAGGGGUAGUGAAGGAUACAACCUUAUACAGUCAAAGUACAAUGGGGUCACAGAGCUGUGUCGCCUUUUAUAUACAUCUCCUAUAGAAGGUCUACCUGGUUCUCCAGCAGACCUUGCAGACCGACGGAAAGUAUUCGGCUCCAAUGUGAUACCUCCAAAGCCUGCUAAAACCUUCCUCCAACUUGUAUGGGAAGCUGUUCAAGAUGUGACAUUAAUAAUUCUUUUAGUAGCUGCAUUAAUUUCUCUAGGAUUAUCUUUUUAUAAGCCUCCAUCUAAAGAAGACGGUGGGGAUGAUUCGGAAUCGGAAGCUGGGUGGAUUGAGGGGGUGGCUAUUUUAGUGGCUGUAAUUGUUGUAGUUCUUGUGACUGCUUUUAAUGACUGGAGAAAGGAAAAACAAUUCCGAGGACUCCAGAGUAAAAUAGAACAUGAUCAUCAGUUCUCAGUGAUUCGGGGCGGACAAGAUAUCAACAUUCCCGUUGGGGAAAUCGUGGUUGGGGAUAUAUGCCAAAUCAAAUAUGGUGAUCUGUUACCUGCUGAUGGAGUUAUAAUCCAAAGUAAUGACCUAAAAAUAGAUGAAAGCUCACUUACUGGAGAAUCGGACCAUGUGAAAAAGGGGGAGAUCCGAGAUCCCAUGCUUCUCUCAGGUACCCAUGUCAUGGAAGGUAGCGGCAAAAUGGUGGUCACUGCAGUCGGCGUCAACUCUCAAACAGGCAUCAUAUUUGCUCUGCUGGGUGCAUCACAGGAUGAGGAUGAAAAGAAGGACAAGAAAGACAAAUCCAAAGUGAAAGGGGACAGUGCAGUGCUUACUAGCGAUGGUGACACCAAAGUUGAUAUUGAUCAGAUAAACCCACAAGUUCCAACAGGAAAUUCUCAUAAUGCUGUGAAUGCGAAUUCCACAAACAAGGUGUCCAAUGGGAAGGAUGCCGAGGAUCCUGACCAGAAGGAGAAGGCUGCAAAAUCCCAAGAGAAUUCCAGUCGCAAGGAGAAGUCCGUCCUACAGGCCAAGCUCACUCGCCUUGCCAUCCAGAUAGGUUACGGAGGUACUGCUAUUGCUGUUGUGACAGUACUCGUGCUCAUCAUCAAAUUUUGCAUCACUGAAUUUGUCACAUACCAACAUGAAUGGACGAGUGACAAGACAGCAGAAUACAUAGAGCAGUUUGUCAGUUACUUCAUUAUCGGUGUAACAGUUUUGGUGGUGGCCGUACCUGAAGGUUUACCCCUCGCCGUCACACUUGCCCUUGCCUACUCUGUCAGGAAAAUGAUGCACGACAAUAACUUGGUGCGACAUUUGGAUGCCUGUGAAACCAUGGGUAAUGCCACAGCCAUUUGUUCUGAUAAAACCGGCACAUUAACAACCAACAGAAUGACCGUUGUCCAAAGUUACAUCGGAGGUAUCCACUACAAACAAAUUCCUAACUAUGCCACCCUUUCGGACACUUACAAGGAUGUCAUAGUACCUGGAAUUGCCAUCAACAGUGGCUACACAUCCCGCAUUAUGCCAUCCAAGGACGGAGGUCUACCUGACCAGAUCGGCAACAAGACAGAGUGUGCCUUGCUUGGUUUUGUUCUGGAUAUGAAGCAGAGUUAUGAAGAUAUCAGAAAUGAGACACCAGAGGGUAACCUCACUAAAGUCUACACAUUUAACUCUGUCCGGAAAUCCAUGAGUACAGUUGUACCAAAAUCUGGAGGAUCAGGAUACAGGCUAUUUACAAAAGGAGCAUCAGAAAUCGUGCUGAAAAAGUGUGAUUACAUCCUCGACUGCAAUGGCUUCCCACGGGAGUUCUCAAUGGAGGAGCAGGAGAGACUGGUCAGCAGUGUGAUAGAGCCUAUGGCCAGUGAUGGACUGCGAACAAUCUGUUUGGCUUACAAGGAUUUUGUCAUGGGACGUGCAAAUGCUGAAAAUGAGGUAGCAAUAGAGAAGGACCCAGACUGGGAGAAUGAAGAUGAAAUUGUGUCUGGACUUACCUGUAUACUGAUUGUUGGCAUUGAAGACCCUGUCCGACCUGAGGUGCCAAUGGCCAUCAAGAAAUGUCAGCGGUCUGGUAUUACUGUAAGAAUGGUAACAGGUGACAACGUAAACACAGCACGCUCCAUUGCCACAAAGUGUGGUAUUCUGAAGCCUGGGGAGGAUUUCCUUGUCUUAGAGGGCAAGGAGUUUAACAAGCGAAUCAGGGAUCACACUGGUGAGAUAAGUCAGGAACUACUGGACAAGGUGUGGCCAAAAUUGAGGGUGCUUGCCCGGUCAUCUCCUCAGGACAAGUAUGUCCUUGUCAAAGGCAUCAUUGACAGCAAGAUCUCAUCCAAUAGGGAAGUAGUGGCAGUCACUGGCGAUGGCACCAAUGACGGUCCUGCCCUUAAAAAGGCUGAUGUUGGCUUUGCUAUGGGCCUUUCGGGUACAGAUGUUGCUAAGGAAGCGUCUGACAUCAUUUUAACUGACGACAACUUCACAAGUAUCGUCAAGGCUGUGAUGUGGGGUAGAAACGUUUAUGACAGCAUCGCUAAGUUCCUCCAAUUCCAGCUCACUGUCAAUGUUGUUGCUGUUCUUGUGGCAUUUUUUGGUGCCUGUAUCAUCAAUGACAGUCCCCUGAAGGCCAUCCAGAUGUUGUGGGUCAACUUGAUUAUGGACACACUGGCCUCCCUUGCUCUCGCCACUGAGCUGCCCAGUGAGGAACUGCUCAACAGACGUCCCUAUGGUCGCACAAAAGCUCUCAUCUCUAGAACCAUGACAAAAAAUAUAAUUGGGCACUCUGUCUACCAACUUAUAGUUAUUUUUACUAUCCUGUUUGCAGGAGCGGAUUUAUUUGAUAUCGACGAUGGUCGGGGAGGCGCCCUUCACGCACCCCCCACCCAGCAUUUUACAUUGAUUUUCAACACAUUUGUUAUGAUGACUCUUUGUAAUGAAAUAAAUGCUCGCAAAAUUCAUGGGCAGCGUAACAUUAUAGAGGGUUUACGACGGAACCCAGUAUUCAUUGGCAUCUGGAUUGGAACUUUCAUUUCUCAGAUAAUAAUUACUCAGUUUGGAGGAUAUGCAUUUAAAACCAAAGGUCUUACUAUAGACCAGUGGCUUUGGUGUGUGUUCUUGGGAAUAGGAGUUCUACUUUGGGGGCAGAUCAUUACCACUAUUCCAACUCAUAAGCUGCCCAAAGACCUGUUCAGCUGGGGUUCCCACCCCCCAGUUCCGGACCGCCACGACUUGUCGGAUGGUCCUGAAAGCAAUGCUCAGGAAAUGGACGUUGGUGGACGUCGCGGCCAGAUCCUGUGGGUCCGUGGACUCACUCGACUACAACAACAGAUACGUGUUGUAAAUGCUUUCCAAAUGGACUUAGAUUCUACGCACUUCGACAGCUAUGAUAAACGUAGCCGACCUUCUGUUAUAAGUCUUCAGUCGUUGCAAAAUGCCCAGAAAGGGGGCGUGUCCAAAAAGCCUGUUCUUGCGAGCUCUCCCGAGGUAGAGGAAAAGUCGACUCGCCCUUGGCUAGGUCGACAAGAAAGUAUUCCUUAUGCUGAUGACUGAUUCUGCUAAGCUAUUUUUAGAACAUUUGAGUUUUAGUCACUUUGUUUUUUGCUCUACUGUGAAUGCAGGCUUUGUCUGGAUCAACUUGUUGCUUUUUGUCACUUCUCUUUCACAAUGGACUUGUUUAGUUUGGGGAUUUCAUGCUGCACUGCCUCAAAGCAACUUGCAGUCAGCAGUAAGUACUAAUAAGUGAUAUGUAUUGUCAUCACAGUCGAUGUGUGAAUAUAACCAAAAUCGGUUUUUCAGAUCAAAUGAUGCCACUUAUUCAUACUUAAUUACCAGCUAUCUCAAAUCCAUUGAAGCUGGCAGGAUAGAAAUAUGUGCUGUGCAAAUACAUCUUAAAAAUAUCAAAUUCAGGAUAAGUUGUGAACUUGUUACACACUAAAGGAAGCCUUGAAAUCCAUCUGCAGGUAAAUCAGUUCAAGAAUAUAGAGUAAUCAGGGUGCCACUUGUAAGGAAUUUUGUAUUACAACUUAUGUUUUGAGAGAUAGGUACCCCAGUAGAUUUAUAUGCUGUGCAAGUUUAUCAAUUUUAUCUUUAAGAUAUCAAAUUCAAGAUACCCAGGUAAGUUGUGAACUUGAUGCACACUAAGGGAAACCUUGAAAUCCAUCAGCAGGUUAAAGAAUAUACCAUAACCAAGGUGCCAUGUGUAUUACAACUUAUGUUUUUAUAGGUAGGUUUGGUAUUUUAAUUAAGGUACCUUGUAAGAUAGAGCAUAAAACACUUCAUAUGUAUAAGGAUUACUGUUGAGGUGGACUGUUUAAAACAAAGAAAUUUAUAAAAGAUUUUUCUUUAGGAUCCCUAAACACUUUAAUAAUAUUAUACAUUUAUUCAGUGUAGAUAUCCUAUGCAAGCACAGCUGUCCGACCCCAUAUCUGAUCCAAUAUGACAAUAUGUUAUCGAUAGAAAGAUCUUGCAUUCACAGUAGACACAUGGUAUAUAUAUUGAAAACUAAUGGUUGCUGUCUAUUGCUCCUUCCAGCAUUUAUUUUUUAUCUCUAUAAAUCGUAGAUAUGACUCGUGAUACUUUUGUAUAUUACUGUAUACAAUUUUCAUGUUGCUCAUUCUUCUAUUUUGGUACAAAUGACUGCUCUGCAUUUAAAACAAUAUUUCAAACAGGUAAGGUCUCUGUUAUUAUAGUAGUAUACAUCAACAGGUAAAACAUACAAAAUGAUAUACAAUUAAUGACAUUGUGUUCAUUGACCAACUGAUCUCAGAAUGGCAUUGUGUUAUGGUAUAAAGCAACAGAGGAGAUAUUCAUUACUCAUUCUGUACCAGAAUAAAAUUUGAACUAUAUAGCAAACUGCCGAUUGAGACAAACAAUAGUUCAAACAAAGUGAGGUUAAAUGCAAGACAUAUUCAAUGAACAAAUAUGCCUUCCUCUUUUGUUUGUAGAGCUACCUCCCUUGCAAGUUGCCCUGUCCUUGACCCUGUCCAUGUGCCUGUUCCUCUCUACCUUCUUUAAGACCCUACAAGUGACUGAAUAUUGGAGUAAAAUAAUUGAAGUUGCUAUAUUAGGCUGACAAUUAAUAUUGGUUUGUGGUUUAGUGUAAAACUAAUAAUAUCUUUUUUCCAAUCACAGGUUUAUGACUUGGGUUUUAAAAGCCCUUUCAUAUACAACAUUUUAAAUACAAUCUUAAGUACAAUACAUACAAGAAGAAAAUGUAUUUAAUACUUCAGUGAUCCUGAUUAAUUGUCAGAAUGAAGCAUCAGCAGAUGACAGUUCAUUAUUUGUUUCAGUUUCAAAAUUUGAAAUGUUUAUUUUCAUACUCGUAAAUAGCAUUUAAUGAAAAAAAAAUGGUAUAAGGUGCAAAUUGACGAGAUAUUGUUACCUGUAGUGGUGAAGCAACCAUCAGUUUUCAAAACACCGUUUUACUUGCUGCUUUUGCUCCCACUAUUACUAUCUUUGUGUGUACUCAGUUCUCUAUUGUAUAUUUUCUCAAUUUUCAAUCUUUCAUAUUUUUGUGAUUUUCUUUUUGUUUACACCAAUGUCAAUGCAUUUACUUUUAAACAACAUUUGAAGUUUUGAUGUUUUAUAUUUUUGCAAUCUUUUACAACUAGAAUUUUGAUUAGUAAAGUAAAAAAAAAAAAGAAACCUCAGGGCUAGAAAUGCAGUUGUAGUGAAAUAGAGCCGUCAUGAUUGAAAAGGUAGAGAAGAAAACACAAAAAUAAAAUCUUAAGAAUCAUCUGUUUUUUUAACUAUAAUCAUGAGCUCAAACUGUGCAUGAGGUUACCAUGAUUAAAUACUUGGAUACAUACUCAACCAUUGCUGUAAUUUCAGUAUGUUAUUUGUAAUCAUUGGGGAAACUUUGUAACCUUUACAUGGUUCCUUAUUUCAGCUCUUGGUGAGUUGACUUUAGAUAAAAACAGAGAAGCUAUAGGUGCAUAUAAAUCAGACACAAAUAUACAUCAAUGUUAUGUGGAAUAUUUCUUUUAAAAGAAUCUUUCAUUUCCAUUGAGCACAUGAAUUUACAGAGAAAAAAAGAACUGAUAUUGUAUGUGGGAAGAAAGAAGGGAUUAGUUUUUCAUUUGAAUCAUAUCACUACAAAUCACUUGUUACAUUAAUUGUAACUAUUAUUGUCUGUAAUUUGAUAAUUUGAAAUGAAACAAACAGUCCCAUUUAAACUUAUUUUUACUUUUUUCUGUAGUUGAUAUUGGCAUGAAUAUUUUCUUCUGUCUCCAUCUCUGUGAUGAGCUCUGAGGGAAGUAAACAGUGUUUACAGUAGUCUAAAGCAGGCUCUCACUUUCACUUUCCCAUCUUUUUUAUUACCAACAUACUGAUACACAAUGAAUUCCCUGAUGCAAAGGAAUAAGAAAGAUGAUAAAAUUACAAGCAUUACUAAUGUUUGAUUUGAUGAGCAUCAGUCAGUCAUUGUAUAUUAGAUGAUGUUAUAGCUUCUACUUGUAACAUAUAUAUGACCAACUUUUUCGUUUGGUUUGUAGUUUAUCUCGCACAUCUGAACAGUCGUCAUACAUGUCAUCUACAUACAUAUUUGCACAUAUUCUUUCUUAUUUUAAUUCUGCAUGUUACAGUACAUUUUUAUUUCUUCAAAGAAUACAAUAAUGGCAAUUCUUUACUUGAAAUGAAUAAAUAUGUCUCGUGUAAAAUUGCAGAAUUGAAAUAAAAGUUUUCAUCAUCACUUGAUUGAGUCGCCCACAUUAUAUACCACUUAAGAUAAAGCUGAAGUUUUCCUGAAAACUAUUGCAGAAGGGACAUUUUGAUCAAGUAUCCUCCUAGAUAUAUAUUCUGUUGAUGUCAUCUUAUUAGUGAUCAUAGCUGGUUAUAGUAUAUAUGUGGGCAACUCAAAUUCAUAUUCAUGUGAAGAUGUUCAUUGAAUUAAUCAGUUUAUCAAGAUAAAGACAUGUGAAAAUCACACAUUUAAUGCUGUUAGGAGAUAACUUUGGAAUGAUUUACAAAAAAUUAUUUGCAAACAUUUAAUUUUAAAACUGAUAAAAACUAUUUUAAGCAUUUUUUUUUCUCUAAAGUUAAUUACUUUAUUGUAAAGUUGGACUGAAAUUAAGUAUAUCAUAUUUUUGUAAAAUAAAUUAGUUGUGCAACAACAGUAAAAUUCUAAAUGUUUUCUAUCUCCAAUUUAUCUUGUAGAUAUGAAUGAGCCAAAGGAAUUGAACAACAUGGCGGGUUAAGAGCUUAAAAUCCAUGCGACAGUUUCAUCUCAUUUUGUGGUAGACAUUAGAUUUUCUCUUCUCUGCUAUAGAAUGAAAAAUAUCUAAUUGUAGAGAUAUAUUUGUGUAUCAUUAUAGAGUAUAGAAGGUUCUCUACACAUUUAUGUGUAGUCCUGAAGGGCCAAUUUUCUACAUUUGGAGGUUAUACUGUUUCAUAGACUAGAGGAUUGAUAAUUUUCUACAUAUCAUGUUGACUAUCGGCUGUGUGUCUGCCAACUCUCCAUUGUGUUAAAUCUAGAAAUUCUCAACUUACAAGUCGUUUCAUAUUUUUGUGAAGACAUUCAUGUAAAACUGCUAAUUAGAUUUUGGUAGUGAACUCCAUUCAAGUCAUUCUAUAUAAAUCUGCAUGGAACAUGUUCAUCUUUCAUCUUUGGAACAUUUUAAAAAAAGUAUCACAACUUUGUUAGAUUUUCAUUAAUUAACUUCAUUACUUUAAAAAUUGAGCUCACAAAACAUCGAGGAAAGGGUUUACUUACUUUAACAUUCUUUUUCAAUUAACAAUUCAUGAUAUAAUUACUUGUAUUUAUAUUUGGAAAGCUGAUGAUGAAGUUAUACCUUCCGGUGGGUGUUCCAGAUUAUUUCAUGAAAAUAAAGUAUAUAUUUGCUGUUCCUUAUCUAGGUAUAGUGAAAACAGAAUGACCUUGAUUCAAACUUAAUAAUGGGAAAUUUCAUUGAGAAGAGAAAAUGAAAAUGAAGAUUUGAAUAUAGUUGAGGACUGACAUACAUGUAGUAUCCAGAUAAAGAAUGAUUUUUAUGUACCCUGUACAUACACUGUACUAGGAAAAAUAUGAAUAAGGCAGAGAAACAUUAAUGAUCCCAGGGGUCAAUAAGGCAGAGAAACAUUAAUGAUACCAGGGGUCAAUAAGGCAGAGAAACAUUAAUGAUACCAGGGGUCAAUAUGGAAGCAUCUGGAAAAAUGUUGAAAAUAGGAGUUCUUCACAGAAAUGGAGAAUAAAAAAGGAUUAAUGAAUGUAAGUUCUUCGUUGAGUUAUGAUAUGUACAUAAAUAAAUACAAAAUCAUACUGCGGAACGGUCAGUGUUUUCAUGUUUCAAGUGCAAAAACUAUUUUCUUGAUAUUAUGUUGGAGUUGUUAUGUGGUAAAUGUUGAAUGAGUCGACCUUUAGUGAAAUAGCUAUUUGAUCAAUUUGAAUAUAAUUUAUUAUUAUUUAAACAAUUUUUGUCAGCUGUUUUAAGCUUCAACAGUUAUGAACUCUUCACAAUGUUAGAAAUUGAUUGCUUGUUUUAACUGAUUAAAAAUGUAAAUAUGUACAUGUAUGUAAACAGACUUGAACAAUAAACACGUUACAGUACAUGAAUAAUAUUUCAAUGUGCUUUUAUAUAAUAAAUAUAUAAAUAAUGUGUUCAUAUACAUAACGUUGUUACAUUGAUAACGUGUUGUCUCUUUUCAUUUGUUGGUUAUUUAGACAUCGUUUACGUGUUUGUUAGGUUUUUAUAACUAUGGUUUUGUAUAUAAUUCAUAUAUAGAGAAAAAGGGAGGUUAUGUUUGUUCAUUUAUGAUAAUAAAUUGACGUGUACUUACAACUCUUGUCAAUUGGUGUUAAUAUUAUUCUUGGUAGCAAAUGGUUUACCAAGGGAUGUUAUGUACAGAUAAAAUUUAUUAAAUUAAGUUCAAAUAAUAAAUGUUCAAUUUUCAGUUUUCCUGGUAGAACUGUUGGCCUUUGUUGAACAAUCCAUCUUUAUUUUAUUUGAAUAUGUGUUUCCUGUUUGAGUAUCCCUUACUUAAAUGUGUAUAUAUCAGAAAUAGUUUUAUCACAGAUAUUCAAUUAAAAAAAAAGAUAACGCGACACAUAGAACAAAAUUGUUAAUAUGAAAAAUUUCAUCAAAACAUACCUCAAGAUUUUGUAUGCUAAAAUGAAUUGCUUACUGUUCGAUGUAAGUCAUUGGAUGCAGUUUGCAAUAUUAACGUCUUAAUUGCAUCAUUAUUCGCCGUAAUGUAUGCAAAUCCUAGAACACUUAUGAAUACAUGCAUACAUACUAUUAAAGACUACCCCUUCGUAGGCCUCUUAGGCUCAAAUGCCCUCCAAACUCGUUGCAGACAACUGUUGAAUAGAUGUCUUGCUGUGUAAUUGAGUCACAUACGCUUUACAAUAGUUUUGGAGGGGUAGAAUGAAGUAUAUUUAGUAUAUGUAUAAGUAUACCAUAUACCAAAAUAUUGUAUAUCCACCCGUUUUCCAAGCCUUAUGGCCACCAUAUCCAUUCCCUAUCACCAAUCUGGUGUGUUUAUAUCCGUUUUGUUUUUUAUUUGAUGUGAGAGUAAUUUUGAGUGUAGCCGCAACUAUUUCUGUUACAGAUGAUAAUAGGAACAAAACUAUUCUCUGUUAAAUGGAGAGAUUUUUUGUUUGUGCUUAGUGGUGAGAAUGGGAGUUAGUUCCCUUAUCACUUAAGUUGUCUACACUUCGUACAUCCCUCUGUUGCUGAGUUUACUUGUAAAAGGGGCCCUGUUUGUUUGUGAUCAUCAAUAUCAUUUGGUUUUUGCAACUUUAGUAGAUUCGAAACAAUGUAUACAACAUUUUAGGUUGAAAAAGUAUUAAAAAGAUAUUUUUAUGAACGGAAUAAGUUAAGAGCAUAAAAAUGCUAUGAAAAGUUAGAAAACUUGAUAAGUUAUUUAAAUGAACGUGACAAAAAAUGUCUUUGGAAUUGUUAACACAACACCAAUCAUCACAGACAUCAGAACCAAACACCAUGUGAGAGUUGUCUACCUUCCUUUCUGGGGAAUAUUAACAGAAAAUAAAUCUAUAAAUAGUUAUUUGUAUUUCUGUUUAGGGAUUGUUGCAGCGAUUUGUAAGAUGAGAUGUUUUAUAGAUAUAGCUGUAGAUAUAUAUUGAUGUUAUGUGUGCAUGCUAACCCUAUCAUGAUUUUGUAAACUCAGUGAAUUUAUUAUUAAAGCAAAGAAUUUUUUAA